CCCUUUAUUUGCUGAGCCGAAUUGCUUGAAAGGCUGAACUUUGGGUCUUAAUCUCAAGAGGAGCUUUUGUUCUUUGAGAUUUUCACACAGAUCAGAAAUGAUCUAUACUUAAAUGUUAAUCAUUUGGAAAGGAAGCUUAUUGUGAACAAGUCUGUUGACUGAACAUACUCUUUGAGAUUUGCUGCUUUGUGAAGAGGCAUGGAUGGGAAUUUGCUGUCCUCAGAGGGGUGUCCGCCUCUUCAGAGAAAUUUCAGUGAUUUAGGGCCACACCAUCCUACUAAGAAAUCUAAAAGGGGUGUUCUUUUUUUUGAGGUGGAGAUUCUGGAUGCCAAGACCCGGGAAAAGUUGUGCUUCCUGGAUAAGGUAGAGCCCAAUGCUACCAUAACUGAAAUCAAGAAUCUCUUUACCAAGUCUCACCCUCAGUGGUAUCCAGCCCGGCAGUCCCUGCGACUAGAUCCCAAGGGAAAGUCUUUGAAGGAUGAAGAUGUCCUUCAGAAUUUGCCAGUUGGUACAACAGCAACAUUCUAUUUCCGGGACUUAGGUGCACAGAUCAGCUGGGUGACUGUAUUCCUCACAGAGUAUGCUGGGCCCCUCCUCAUUUACCUGAUGUUUUACUUCCGGGUUCCUUUCAUUUAUGGCUCAAGAUAUGAUUUCACCUCCAGCAAGUACUCUGUUGUUCACCUGGCUUGCAUUUGUCACUCUUUCCAUUAUGUCAAGCGCCUCCUCGAGACCCUUUUUGUCCACAGAUUCUCCCAUGGAACAAUGCCUUUACGUAACAUCUUCAAGAAUUGCACUUAUUAUUGGGGCUUUGCAGCCUGGAUGGCAUAUUACAUCAAUCACCCGUUGUAUACACCACCUGCAUAUGGACAUGAACAAGUGAAAUUGGCGCUUAUCAUAUUCCUGUUAUGUCAGCUGGGAAACUUUUCUAUUCAUAUUGCUCUGCGAAAUCUUCGCCCAGCUGGUUCAAAGGCCAGGAAGAUCCCAUUCCCCACGAGGAACCCAUUUACAUGGCUUUUCUUGCUGGUCUCUUGUCCCAAUUAUACUUAUGAGGUAGGGUCUUGGAUUGGCUUUGCCAUAAUGACUCAGUGCCUUCCAGUGGCUCUGUUUUCCUUGGUUGGAUUUAUUCAAAUGACCAUUUGGGCAAAGGGAAAACACCGAAGUUACCUGAAGGAGUUCCGAGAUUACCCACCCCUACGUUCGCCUAUCGUCCCUUUUCUGCUCUAAGCCUCUUUCUGCACUAACAUAUCAAACUAGGCUGGUAGCUUCAUUUUUUUAUCUUCUUGAGCAGCUGUUAAUGGAGUCUAAAACAGGGGUUUUUUUCACUGUCCACAAUGGUUUUUUUUGGGGGGGGGGUUGCAAUUCCUUUCUUUUUAAAGUUAAAUUGCCCCUUCCUCCAUCAUCUUUGUCCAUUGUCCCUAUUCCAAAACCACAUUUGACUUAGAAUAACACUUCCCUACAGUUACCAUGAAGCCAAAUACUGCAACAAGAACAGAGGGAACAAUUCAGUUUUACAGGGUGAAAAGUUGAACAGCUGCUAGGCAUAGGCAUUAUAUUUGUAAGAGCAGGUACCAUAAAUGGAGCCUUGGCAACUGGACUUUGCCAAAAGUGAGGUCAAGGAAUAGCAAUCUUAACCCUAGUCCUUAUUAAUAAUAAUUUUAGAAAAGUUGUCCACUGCGUUUGUCCACUUUGGAUAUGAAAGCGUAAAAGUGCCUUGGAAUGCAUUGUGCCAUUCCUAAACCAAAUGUGUCUUUCCUGGGAUGGAAAGACCCAGGAAAAGGCAUGGUUGCAUUAAGGAGUUGCAGACUGAUGCAGUCAUCAUGGCCCUAUGUGGUACAAAACACUGUUUUUCAUUUACAUUUGCAUUCAAAGCACAGCACAGCCUAUUAAUUCAGUUGUGGUAAAUAUUAUUGCUAUUUUUAUUGUGGAGUGAUGCUUGGUACUAAAAAAUUGUAAAAAAAAAAUUUCUGGAGGGAAAUAAACUAAGAUCAGUGGCAAUGAUAACUUCUCUUUUAUAGGAUGGUCUUGUGUCCCUUUUUAACCCUUGUUCAACUAGCAGGCAUUUGUGCUUGAAACCAAAAUUGAAAAUGGCUCAACUGAAUGACAUUACAAGUAAUUUCAUAAGGGCAGAACACAUUAUUUCAUCAUCUGUUAUAAGCUAAAUUAUGACAUGGCAAAUUCCCUGCUGUGAAGAAAAGGAAACCAAUUAGUUAUGAAGUAGUAGCUUUGGUGUUACGUAGGUUGUUUCAGUCCUGACCACCAUACAAAUUGGCCACUUGUCAUCCACGUGUUUUUCCUUUUCCUAGUAGAAUCUUAUGAACAACAUCUUCCAAGUAGAGAUGUAUACUUGAAGUGACUCAGUUUUGUGUGAUGGUAGGCUUUUUUUAGUUAAGAGGUUCUUGAAAUGCAGGACUAACAAAUACAGUCUUGUACCUAACUAGCAAUAAUUGUGUAACUUUCUGUAACACAGGCCCACUGAAGGGCAACUAUGGAGAUAUACUAGUGAAACUUUGAUUUAAUGGAUCAGAUGAUGAAAGGAAGUGUUUCUUCUAGUUGUCCAUUAAAUGGAAGAAUGAUCAAUACCAAUAUAGUUAGAUAAAUGCUACAGAUUGCAUCAUUUGAAUCACUUACUCAAUUUGUAUAUUUACAAGUGCACUGAGCAAUUUGGGGGUGGGGGAGAAGUCUGCUUUGAAAUUUGUAAAUAUUUCUAGCACUUAAGAGAUAAGGAAACAAAUAUUUAUUAUUCCUUCUAUAAAAAUAUUCAGUGUUACAGAACUGGUGUCAGCGUUCCAGAAAAACUCGACUCCAACAGAGUCUAACUUCUGGUACUAAUAUGGCUUCCAAAGCUGAUAACUGAAGCCUCUUAGGUUUGGACUGUCUUCUUGAGAGGAGGUUGUUUAUUUUUCUGUUUGUCAUUAUUACCAAGAUUGUGAUAGUGCAUGCAGGUAGUCUUUGGAGUAUGAUGGCAACUGGGAAGUGGGAUUGCCAUUCCUAAGCAAUGUAGUUGCAAAGUGUAACAUCAGGUGGCCACACCGCUUAACGACGACAAUUCUAGGAACCCCACUUGCUGUCAUUGAUACGCAGGUUAAGUGGGAAGUGGUAGGAAUUUCACGUAAGGACCAGAAUGGGAAGCUGGGAGGAUUGGUGCAGGUUGUGAUUUGGAGGAGGCUUAGGGGGGUGGAGAGUGGUUGGGGCAACAGACUGUGAGCGUAAGAAGGUUGUGGGAUACACGAUGUGGCAAGAAGGCUGGGGGACUUACUAAAAUAGCAUGCAACCUUCCUCGCUGGCUUCCCCAUUGAUUUUGCUUUUGGGAAGCUAGUAGGGAAAAUUGUAAAUGGCAAUAAUCUGAAAACAGGAUGCUGCAAUUGUGGUAAUACAAGCAGUUGCCAAGUCCCUGAAUCAUGAUCACAUGACCAUGGAGCACUGCGAAGGCUAGAACUUCAAGGAUUGGUCAUAAGUUCCACUUGUUGAACGCCAUUCCAACUUCAAAUGAUUUUCUGAAUGAGUGGCUAGUAAAUGAGGACUACUUGUGUAUUUAAUUUGAAGGAAGCCCCAUUUGAAGUAGAGUGGAACUCGAUUCUAAACAUAUAUGUUCACAAUCAAGAUGAAUGUUUAUCAUAGUCUUAGGUUAUGCUGCAUGUGAGCAGUGAUAUCUGAAACCUGGGCUCCGAGGCUGCUAUUAAAUGAGCCACUGACUUUUUGCUAUAAUCCAUUUUAUGUGGAACUUUAUUUAAACUAACCAAUAAAAAAUAAUCCAGCCACU